AUUGUGUGGAGGGCGGGGGAGCGCGCGACAGACAUCCCGCGGGUGGAAGCGCCUUUUCCUCACACAAAUCGAACAAGUGAGAAACUGUUGCUUCUUGCCGAUAUCUUAACAAAAAUAUCGCCACAUUCGACUUUUACAUAGUCAUUUGGUUACAAACGAAUUUUACAAGCGCCAGUUGUAGUUUAAUGAUCCAUAAAGAUAUUGUACAAUAGAAGUAGGCGUGUUUAAAGUGAACUGUCUUGAAGAAGCAGAAAGGGCUGUAAAGAAGCGGUAAAAGGACAAGACAAGAGAUAUUUCAAGCUGACAACGGUCAGAGCUGAGUGACCGUGAAAGAAAAACCCGAAGGCGCGGGAUUCUCUGACAUAUUCUGAGCUGUUCGUGUAGAGAGAGGAGCUUCGGUGUUGUGCGGAGUUACUCAUCAAUUUUAAUAUUCUCUGGGAACUUAUAAGUGAAAACCAUAUCAAGAUGCUAGAGGUGGUUGAUCUUGGAACCUGAAUUAUAUUCACCUGAAGACCAGCGGGGACUGAAAAUCACCCAGAGUGCUGUGAGCCUGAUUUAAAAUUUUAUCUUACCAUCCAUUUACCAUCAGGCUUACAGGACGUUUACAAGCGAGGCACUUAAACUUAUAAGCUUGAAGGUUUAAGGCUGUCACAAAAAGUCAAAAUAAUAUUCAACGUGGAUUGUUUUUGAUCAAUUUGAAUCACAGUUUUCUUCUGUGAGAGGAGGGGCAGAGUUUGUUGAAAUGCUGCAGUGGACAUGGACUUUUCUGGGAAUUCUCCAGAAUGCUUCUUGAACUUCUCAUGGAAAAAUAAGCCACACGGUUGUCAUUCCACCAAUCUAUAAGGAGACGCCACCGCCAUAGAGCAACCCCUGAGAAAUACACCUGAUAGAAUCUCCAUCCACGGACGAACAUUUGGAGGCACCAAAUCCCACAUGUUGCUUAUAUCAGACAAGUAAUAUAUAUUUAUAUGACAAUAUAAACCCACUGGAUCAUCCAGAAUUGCUGUUUAUAUGGAGCGAUAACUGGGUCCGGUGUGUGUCACUCAGAAGACGUAGUGGUUAGCGGGCUGGUGGUUAUGAUUUUGAAGUAGUAAAUGAAAGCAAACGGGGAAAAUAGCAGAAAUUGAACACAAACAUCCUUUAAGACUAUUCCAUAUAGGAUAUUUGAUUUGCUUGUUGCUGAAAGUGGAUUUUUUAGUAUCGGAAACAAUUUCUUUUAUCUCAUUUCUCAGACACAAGCCACGUUUCAUCGUAUCGUACUCCCUCGUUAACUUUUCUAUCUCACCUUAGUCCUUUUUCCUUCCCAGAGUUCAUUCUGGCCGGGCCUGUUUCUUCUAAAGGGGAGGAGGACUUCCUCUCUAUCGCUGCCUCGCGCCUCAGCCGCAGGAAGCGCGUUAUUGGCGCGGCAGUGGGCGUGGCCAUGGUGCUACUGCUACUGGUCGCGAUUCCGCUAUUGGUCCACAGCACCAAACUGGGUGGAUCUGGAGGCGGAGGUACGCAUUAUGAGAUGCUUGGAAGCUGCAAGAUGGUCUGUGACUCUCUAACGCCCACCAAUGAGCUAACACCAGUUUCACCUCCACCUCACGACACCCCUGGACGCAGAGGGGGAGGCAAGUCGGGUUUUCGUGGAAACCAAGGGCCACCAGGUCCCCCGGGCCCACGUGGGCCACCUGGAGAACCGGGAAAGCCAGGGCCACCUGGACCUCCAGGUCCAGGCCCUGGGGGAUACAUCCCAUCAUUCUACAGCCCCAAAAUUGCCUUCUAUGCUGGUCUGCGCAAGCAACAUGAGGGGAGCGAGAUACUCAAGUUUGAUGAUGUGGUGACAAAUGUAGGGAAUUACUAUGAGCCUACCACAGGCAAGUUCACCUGCCCUCUUCCUGGAAUCUACUUCUUCACCUAUCACGUGCUCAUGAGGGGCGGAGAUGGAACUAGCAUGUGGGCUGACCUCAAGAAGAAUGGACAGGUGAGGGCCAGUGCGAUCGCUCAGGAUGCAGAUCAGAAUUAUGACUACGCCUCUAACAGUGUGAUCCUUCAUUUAGACGUGGGAGAUGAGGUCUGCGUGCAGCUGGAUGGCGGAAAAGUGCAUGGAGGAAACACCAACAAAUACAGCACAUUCAGUGGCUUUCUCAUCUACCCUGACUAACACAUACACAAACAUACAAAAAUGCAAAUAUUUUAUCACAUAUUUAACACCAUCACAUCAGGCUGAUUGAUAGACAACAACAUCUGAUACAGGCGAUACAACAUGAUAUAACUUCUAGAGGAAACACCUUCUUCUUUAGGGUGGAAGUAAGCCUAAGGGUGAGACUUCCGGUUCAUUAUCCACUAUAAGUAAAUAAUGAGAAAAACAACAAUGUGCAGUAAACUGUAAAACUGUUUGCACUACAAACCAGUAUGCUCAUAAUUAAGAUAAUACAUUAAAAUAAUAUGGUAAGACACAUUAAUUUGCAAUAUCAAGUAGCAAAACAAGUUGUUUCGUACAGCUAAAAAUAGCUGGACGCGGAUGAGACUGGAAGCCAGACACAUAAAAUUUACAAAUGGCUAUGCCCACUCUUACGGAAAGAAAAAGGUGGAUAUUUUCUGAUUAUAGUCACAAAGUCAACAGCACUGACAGCCCAUUUUACUUUCAUAAUAUGAUGUAAAACAGGAUAUUUAAAGAGAUAGAAAGUAUGCUGGGACUUGAUUUUGUCCAAUUAAUUGGACUGUAAAAAGUGGGUAUGAGUGGUGCACAAAUUUUGUCUACUUCCAUAAAAAUGGAUGUUUUAAGCAUAAGCCUCAAUAAAUGUAAUUUAACGUGAAAAAAAUCUGUCUUAACAAGACUUGACUUGACAGGCUUAACAGCUAAAAUAUCAGUGUAACUAACCCAUGAACCAUAUAUGUGACCCUGGACCACAAAACCAGUCAUAAGGGUCAAAUUGUGCUUUAUGAAAUAAAUAAGCUUUCCAUUGAUAUAUGAUUUGUUAGGAUUGGACAAUAUUUGUCCGAGAUACAACUAUUUGAAAAUCUGGAAUUUGAGGUUGCAAAAAAAUCUAAAUAUUGAGAAAAUCGCCUUUAAAGUUGUCCAAAAAAAGUUCUUAACAAUGCAAUAUUACUAAUCAAAAUUGAGUUUUAAAAAUAUUUAAGGUAGGAAAUGUACAAAAUAUCUUCAUGGAAUAUGAUCUUUACUAAAUAUCCUAAUAAUUCUGGCCAUUAAAAAAAUCAAUAAUUUUGAACAAUGUAUUUUUGGCUAUUGUUAAAUAUACCUGUGCGACUUACGACUAGUUUUGUGGUCCAGGUUCACAUAUAAUAACGUGCACAGAUUAACUGAUCACAAUAACAUCAAGAAUGGGAAUUAAGAACGUAAAUAGAGUUUUUUUUUUUUUUCAAAUUUAAUGUCAUGUUGACUUCAAUCAAGUUGUAGAUGCUUUGUAUUGACUUGUAUUGCUAACAGUCAUCUUGGUCUGGUCAUAGUGUGUUUGGUCCUUUUAAGGCAAUUACUUUGAAACUUGAGAAACAUGUAAGCCGGGUUUUAUUUUUUUAAUUCCGAGCCCACCAAUGGUGAACCGAAUGUUUAUUUAGUUGAUAUUGUUAAUGUAAAUUCCCUGAAUCACAGUGUCAGGCUUUUUCCAGUUAACACUCUUACAGUAUGCUGUGUGCAAACUCAUCCAUUAGGCUAAAAAGAUAACUACCUUUAAGGAUUAUUACCCAGAAUUAUCUUAUUAAAUUGCAUUUUACUACUGUAGAUCACCAUUCUCCCUCUGCAUCAUGUGUAUGUGUGUGCAUAACUUGGAAAAGGCUAUAUGCAUUUCAUGGCAUGGAAACUAUGUUUUAACCUCUAUGUCUACUAAGUAUGUACACAGUGUUUAUACUGGAGGAACUUUGAGAUUAUUGUGAAAUUAUAAAUGAUAAAUCAAUCUGUAUAUUGCCACAAACAUCCUGUAGGAUUAUACAUUUAAGACUAUACAUUUAAAAGUGACCUGAUCCAUCUGUAAUCUGAAAACAUUCAGUUUCUGUGUGUGUGUGUGAGUGUGUGUGCAUGUAUCAGCAAUGUAUGUGAUUCACAUGUGUGUCCAUAUCAAUAUAAAAUUUGCUUCUAAAUAUCUGACUUGUAGAUUGAUUGCUGUUGUAAAGCCUUGCAGUUGUGUAAUUAAUCAUUAUUAUAGACUUUUAUUCUGGCAUGUUAAAGACUACAUGCUGUAAAUAA